CCUCUCCUCUCAGCUGGCCUGCGGUCAGUUGCUGUUCACCUGCUGCAGCACAACACAGCAGCUGUAAGCUGAGCUCCGCGGUGUAACAUCUGAUUCAGGCUCUGUCUGUCUGUCUGUCUGUCUGUCUGCAGGGCGGUGUGUGCUGUUGUGUGUGCAGAUCUUUUUUAUCCACCCCUCUGCAAGAGAGAGAGCAAGCAAGGCCCGCCAUUUCACCACUCUCCUCCCUCGGUGGUCUUUUUGAUUUUAAAGCGGAGCAGCAGAGAGGAGGAGAAGGAGAAGAGGAGGAGGAGGAGGAGGCGACGAACUGGCGGAGCGGCGGAGCGGAGGCAGCAGGACGGAGAGGAGGAGAGACGCAGGGAUCCGGUGUGCCACAUCGGGAUGAGAGACACACAGAAGAGACCCGGGUCGGAUGAGUCAGCUAGUGGACCCUGCUGCAAUCACCAGCAUCCCUGAGAUCUGACUGACCGGAGCCACAAACAAACACUAAAACAACAGAAACAAUCUGUUGUUGUUGUCCUCUCUUUCAUUCCGCCCUCCUCUGGUGGUCCUCUCGUCUCAGUCUGCUCCAUCUAUAGCCUCGGUUUUACUCUUUUAUCACCACUAAAGGUGGGAUAAAAAGGAGGGUACAACCAGGCACGGUUGUAGAGGAGGUGGAGGUUUUAUUAUUUCUUUUUAAAACACCUUUAGAUUAUAUAUUUUAGUGUGUUUUUGUGACACUGAGUGGAGAGAAGAAGGAGAAGAUGUCGGGUCAGAGCAUCACGGACCGGAUCACUGCAGCCCAGCACAGUGUGACGGGAUCCGCCGUCUCCAAGACAGUCUGCAAGGCCACAACACACGAAGUCAUGGGCCCCAAGAAGAAACACCUGGAUUAUUUGAUCCACUGCACCAACGAGAUGAACGUCAACAUUCCCCAACUGGCUGACUCGCUAUUUGAGAGGACAACCAACACCAGCUGGGUGGUCGUGUUUAAGUCACUCAUCACCACGCACCACCUCAUGGUCUAUGGCAACGAGCGUUUCGUCCAAUACUUGGCGUCAAGGAAUACACUAUUCAACCUCAGUAAUUUUUUGGACAAAAGUGGGUUACAAGGUUAUGACAUGUCCACAUUUAUCAGGAGGUAUAGUCGAUACUUGAACGAAAAAGCCGUUUCGUACAGACAGGUUGCCUUUGACUUCACAAAAGUUAAACGCGGAGUGGACGGCGUGAUGCGGACCAUGAAUACAGAGAAGCUGCUCAAGACUAUCCCCAUUAUUCAGAACCAGAUGGAUGCCCUCCUCGAUUUCAAUGUCAAUGCCAACGAGCUGACUAAUGGAGUCAUCAAUGCCGCCUUCAUGCUCCUCUUCAAAGACUCCAUCAGGCUCUUUGCUGCUUAUAACGAAGGCAUUAUCAACCUGCUCGAGAAAUAUUUUGACAUGAAGAAGAUUCAGUGUAAAGAAGGUUUGGACAUUUACAAGAAGUUUCUAACCCGAAUGACCCGGAUAUCAGAGUUCCUCAAAGUAGCCGAGCAGGUGGGCAUCGAUCGAGGAGACAUUCCAGAUCUUUCACAGUUCACAGUUUGUGCUCCCAGUAGCCUUCUCGAAGCUCUGGAGCAGCACUUGGCCUCUUUAGAGGGCAAGAAGGUCAAAGACUCCACUGCAGCCAGCAGGGCCAGCACUCUGUCAAACGCAGUCUCAUCACUGGCCAGCACGGGGAUGUCUUUCACUAAAGUGGAUGAGCGGGAGAAGCAGGCGGCUCUCGAAGAGGAACAGGCUCGACUCAAAGCUCUGAAGGAACAGCGGCUCAAAGAGCUGUCCAAGAGGCCCUCCUUCGCCACCACUGAUACGUCGCCGAUCUCCACCACCGGGGGCACUAUCACCACAGCAGCAGCCAUCGACCUCUUCUCCACACCCAGCUGCUCUAAUGGUGCGGUGAAGAUGGAGAGUGACCUUUUUGACCUUCAGUCAACUUUUCAGCCCUCCAUGCAAUCAGGCUCUACAGGGCUUCCAUUGGCAACGGCGUGGGCAGAUCCUUUCACCUCUGCUGAAGCCGGGGAUGAAUCCAUGCCAAACCUUAACCCUUUCCUCUCAAAACUCGUUGUCGAUGCCACUCACUUACCUGUCGUGUCUUCAGACGGUGUUAGCUUUUCUUCUAGGACAUCCGGUCAUGAAAUGUUUGGUGAUCGUUACAAUCCCUUUAUUGACACAAACUCAUCCGUUUCAACCAAUUACAAACGCACAGUGCGGAUAGAACACUCCAUCUCAGACUCCUUCUGUGGUCCAGUGUCCAUUGCCCAGCACCUCCCACACCAGGCUCCCUUCCCCACUGAGCCCUCUACUGUAGCAGGUCUAUUCAGAGGAUACUCGACGCCACAGGCCGCUCCACCGCAGUCAGCAGGAGGACUCCAAGUGGACUUUGAGUCAGUUUUUGGAGCCAAAGCCGCAGGCAGCAACAGCCUCAAUUCGGAGGAUAUUUCCGGGGGCAUCCUGAAACCGACUCUUUGUGGCUCCAACCAGGCGUCGGGUCAGCUGCCAGAUAAGCUGGUGUCAGAUGACCUUGACUCCUCCCUGGCCAACCUUGUUGGCAGUGAGUACCUCGGCAUCGGGAACGGCACGAUGAAAAAUGACAUGCACUGGAGCCAGCCGGGGGAGAAGAGGAUGACCGGCGGCACCAACUGGCAGCCCAAAGCGGCGCCGAGCACGACCUGGAACCCCGUUUCCAUGCCAACGUCAGUCAUGGCCUUCCCCGCCACCACACCCACAGGCAUGAUGGGAUAUGGCAUGCCUCCACAAAUGGGCUCUAUGGGGAUGAUGAAUCCGCCCACCAUGAUGUACUCCCAGCCUGUGAUGAGGCCACCUAACCCCUUCGGCUCUGUGUCUAGUGCUCAGGUGGGUGCACGGCAGUCUGACCACGCCGCCGAGCUGAUGCACAAUGAACCCUCCGCAGCCUCUAGUCCUUCCAGCCAGAGUCCUCUCCGAGCCCCUGGACAGGACCCGUUUGCACACCUCUCUCUCAAGGAUUUCUUGUAGAGCAUCUCUUUAGAUGCAGUUCAUGUAAUUUGAAGAAAAAAGUGUCUCUCGGAAGAAGAAACACUUAGCAGCAAAGCUUUGUCCUCGUUGCAGUCUAACUCUUCAGAGAAACAUUCACACACACCCAAACACAGACAUGUCAAGAACACAAUGGUGCAGCGACUGUCAGAAACCAUGGUAACCAUGUCCAAAUGACGUUUUGGCGAUAGCUCACACCCAUUAUUCUGUAACUUGUCCGAGACGUCGAGUGAUGCUGCUGUCUAAACCCCCCUUAAAGAGGACUCCUUAUCCAUUUUACAGUGUAAUCUGUAAAGAUAGAUAUGGGUGCUGAGAAACUUUGAUGUUAUGUAUUUGGAAAUACUGUGGUUGGAUGUAAAGGCUUGAUGUUCAGCGGGGGAGGGGUCGGAAGGAAAAAAAAGGAGAGCGGUCCUUCCCUUUCUUGAUCCGAUCAUCAGUCACCCACCCUUACAAUUAUUUAACUGUCACUAAGUAGUGAUGCUAAUGGCGUUUACACCUGUUUAGUUUUUGUCUUUUUUACCGUGUUUACAGUAGACAUUCCUUGUGUGUUGUUUGUAUUUAUUUAUGAUUAUUGGUUUAAGAUUGGGGGAAAAAAAUAAUGUAAAAUCUACAGUACAUUGAACACCUGUGGGAGUGCUUCAGCAUUAAACAAGGAUCUCAGACUAUCAUUGAGAGGUAGAGUUAAAAAAUAGCUAUUAUAUAAAAUUACACCUAUUAAGCGGAAUGAUAGAGCACUAAAUAUUCUACGAGUUUUGUGUUAAGAAACUUUUUUACUAGAUGAAAGAUUUCACAAUCUCCAUUGUACUUCAAGUGCAGGGGUUAGAGUAUGAGUCAGUUACCAGUAUAUAGUCGAUUCUGUGCCUAGGGUUUUCUGCAAUGGAUCAGUUUCCUGUCUAGUUGAACAACACUUCAUCCACGAAUCUGAAGCGUCGCACUGGGUGGUGGGCUCCAUUUGCUUUAAGCUUGGCAUGCCAUUGACUCACUGACCGUAUUCAAGGCUGCCUUUACUCUGAAUGUGAAAGAGUUGUCUUCAUGUUGCACACAUCUUUCCACACUACAGUUCCUCAGCGGGAGUGGGAGCGGGCGGGUGGGGGGGAGGGUUGAGAGGACGGAGUGUGUCUUGCUUGUCGGUUAGCUGUCGCUACGCUAACGGGGGGAAAAAAGGGUCACAGAUUUGAUGUAAAUUAAUUGUAUAAAAGAUCCAGAGGACCAGGGUGGAGUGGAGGAGCACUGUUGAUCGGCUGCUCUGUGUGUAUAUAAAAAAAAAAACUGACUGUUCUUUGAGUUCAAAAAGUGAAAGAUGUAUGAAAUAUGAAAGCAAUUCAAUCAAAUUUGACUCUACCUAAGUUUGAUUCAGGAUAUUCUCUGCGUUUGUCUCCGCAGAUAUUUUCUUUAUGUAAUUAGAACGUGUAGCAGACAAUGACUGAAGUCUUUUCUUUCUUUUACAAAUAAAGAGCAGCUUCCACAAA